UGACGGUUCGGGGCCACCCGUAUAAGUGGGACGUGCGGGAGUGUGGAAAUUAGUAUGGAGGCAUCCUUGCGGCCUCGGCGUUGCUGGACAUCUGUGGAGAAGCUGGCGGCCGGCUGCUGAGCUCUCGGCACUCGGAGUCCGCGGCGGCCGCAAGGCCAUGCUGGCUUGGCGCGUGGCGCGCGGCGCGUGGGGGCCCCUUCGCGUGGCCGGCCGGCCGCCGGGGGCGCGGCUCGGCAGGGGCGGCUCCCGCAGGGCCCUGCUGCCGCCCGCGGCCUGCUGCCUGGGCUGCCUGGCCGAGCGCUGGCGGCUGCGCCCGGCCGCGUUCGCCUUGCGGCUGCCCGGCGCCGGCCCGCGGAACCACUGCUCGGGCGCGGGGAAGGCGGCCCCGGAGUCCGCGGCCGGAGGAGGUGCUACCGCGCAGGCCCCGGGCGCCCGCUGGGUCCCGGCGAGCGCCGCCAGCCCGUAUGAAAAUCCAUGGACAAUCCCAAAUAUGCUGUCAAUGACAAGAAUUGGCUUGGCCCCCGUGUUGGGCUAUCUGAUCCUUGAAGAAGAUUUUAAUGUUGCACUAGGUGUUUUUGCUCUAGCUGGGCUAACGGAUUUGUUGGAUGGAUUUAUUGCUCGAAACUGGGCCAAUCAAAAAUCAGCUUUGGGAAGUGCUCUUGAUCCACUUGCUGAUAAAGUUCUUAUCAGCAUCUUAUAUGUUAGCUUGACCUAUGCAGAUCUUAUUCCAGUCCCACUCACUUACAUGAUAAUUUCAAGAGAUGUAAUGUUGAUCGCUGCGGUGUUUUAUGUCAGAUACCGAACUCUGCCAACGCCGCGAACACUAGCUAAGUACUUCAAUCCUUGCUAUGCUACUGCUAGGUUAAAACCCACAUUUAUCAGCAAGGUAAAUACAGCAGUCCAGUUAAUUUUGGUGGCAGCUUCUUUGGCAGCUCCAGUUUUCAAUUAUGCUGACAGCAUUUAUCUUCAGAUACUGUGGUGUUGUACAGCCUUCACUACAGCUGCGUCAGCAUACAGUUAUUAUCACUAUGGUCGGAAAACCGUUCAGGUGAUAAAGGGCAAAUGAGAGGCAUCCGGCUCCAGCAGCAAGGAAGCGACUUGCAUCAUCGGCAGCAGCGCCAGCGAAAGCUACAGGACUUUCCCCAUCUUGGUGUUCAGCUUGUGAAAGGACUUGUCAGGCAAACCAUGUCUCAAACCGAAGGAAUGUACGUCGAAAAUAAGCUCUAUCAUGGGCCUACACAGAAUUUCCAGUGUAUUUUUAAAUACAAAUAAAACUAUAAUGUAGAAUUUUUAA